UAAGACGUGUUGAACAUUCCGAAUCUGCAGGCAAUCUCUAAGGUGUAUCCUUGUCGACACCAACAACGGUCUCACUUGUAUGUAUACUGUAGGGAAAAAUGGACAGUACGGUAGGUCCCUACUUUUCCUUUUUAGUUCGAUGAUGCCGCAUUGAAUUCCUGAUGUUUGAUUUAAGCUAUUAAUUAUCAAUUAAUAAGUAUUAAUUACAAUUUCCUUUAUAUUUACUGGGGUUAGAUAUAAUUAUAAAUAUAAAUAGAUACAUGUAUAUAUAAUUUAUAAAAGUUUACUGUAGUUCAUCAUGCUCCGAGUUAAACGGAGGGCCAGGAACGCUCCAUAUAUUGGUUCAGCGGCUGGGACAAGAGGAGCCGCAGCCAGGACGACGAGGGCUCACGCCUCUGCCAGACCUACAACGGUGACAACUCACAUGGCCACUUACCUCCCUACUCAGCCUAGCCUGCCAGUCAUCCCGCUAAGCACUCCGCCAGUUGUGGACCCUCAUCAACAGGUUAUGGCUAACUUCCCAAUUAAUGAAAACAGGGGAGAACAAAUUUCAGUGGGACCGCUUCAAAUCCCUUGCCCCACAGGCAGAGAAAUAUCCGUCACGGAUACCUCCAGCAAUAUGGCAAGUCUUGAGUAUCGAAUAGAAGCACUUUAAGCAGCAGCAGUUUCCAAAAACACCGCGGCUACUUAUAGCAGGGCUCUAGACUCAUUUACAGAAUUUCGGUCUAAGUACAACCUUCCAUCAUUUUGGCCACCUUCUGUGGACC